UGCUGACGUAGGGCUCGUGGUGUGGCUGCUUCUCCUGCUGAGUUGAUUGGGAAGUGGUCCUGUGUUGGAGACACUAUUAAAGCCCCUGUUACAAUGUCAAAGGUAACAUUUAAAGUCACACUUACUUCAGACCCUCGGCUUCCGUAUAAAGUAUUAUGCGUUCCUGAAAAUACACCUUUUACUGCAGUUCUAAAAUUUGCAGCAGAAGAAUUUAAAGUACCUGCAGCAACAAGUGCAAUAAUAACUAACGAUGGAAUUGGUCUUAAUCCAGCACAGACAGCUGGAAAUGUUUUUCUUAAGCACGGUUCUGAACUAAGGCUGAUCCCCAGAGACCGAGUUGGCAGCAGUUAAUAUUCUCUAGGUUUUUUGUUGUAUGAAACAUGGGAGUCCUGCUUGAAAAGAAAAUAUUUAUUGAAGAACUUAAAAUAAUCAAACUUACAUUUUAUAAACAAGACUUUAAAGUUAACUCACGUGGACCCUUUUACAACGAAAUUCAAUGUUUCUUUGAAGAUUGAAGGUUUUAUAUGGUUCCAUCAUUGCUUUGCAUUUCUAUAAAAUGGCAGCCAAAUCAAUGCCAUGCUGUUAAGUAAUACAUAUAGUGGUGACAUUACCAAAUAGGUAAGCUAGAUUGCGCUAUUCUGUUUUUCAGCCAAGCAAAGCACUAGUGUAUUGUUACAGCCUGUUUAAUGUGCCAUGUGCUACCCAACACGUUUUAGCAUUUAUGCCUACGGAGUCCCCUGUGACACUGUUUGUGUAUAACACUAUUGUCUGCUAACUCAUUUCUUUUGCGUUUUUCUUUCUAUGGUUUUUGUACCUUUUUUUUUUUUUUUUUUUCUUCUUCUAACACCAUAUCCACAUCUCAUUUUUCUGUAUCUGCCUCAAAUAUGGAAUUCAAUCCUUUUCUCUCCUGAUUUCAAAGCAAAGUAAAUUAACGUACAUAAGUUUCUAGUGUACAAACAA